AUGCCCACCCUCUGGGUUAUGUACUGGCUCAACUACCUCGACCGCAAUGCCAUCGCCGACGCCCGCCUGAACUACAUUGAAGAGGACCUGAACAUCGCGAGAGUUCAGUACUCCACCUCCGUCUCAAUUCUCUUCGUCGGCUACAUCUUCGGACAGAUCCCGGGCAACACGAUGCUCACUCGGGUCAAGCCGAGCUUCUACAUGGGCGGCUUCAUGAUGACCUGGGCCGUGGUCAGCUGCCUGACGGCGCUCGUCAAGGACUACGUCGGCCUCGUGCUGACGCCCUUCUUCCUCAGCGUGGUCGAGGCGCCGUACUAUCCCGGCGCCCUGUACAUCUUGAGUAUCUUCUACACGAGGAAGGAGCUCGCGACAAGGAUUCGCAUCCUUGACUCGGAGAACAUCCUCGCCACGCCCUUUGUGGGGCUGAUUGCCGCCGGUGUGUUUGAGGGGCUGGAUGACGUUGCUGGUCUGUCUGGCUGGCGCUGGCUGUUCAUCUUCCAGGGCAUUGUGACUUUCGUCGUGGCGGCUACUUCCUGCUUCACGCUGAGCCGCAUCGAGAAGGACACUGUGGGCCACAAGGCGGUCACGAGCCCUUUGAUCGGUCUCAAGGAAGCGAUUGUAGACCUCGAGGUGUGGGUGUUUAUCUACAUGCAGCACAUGCAUCUGGACGGCUUCAAGAACUUCUUCCUCACCAUCGUCAACACCCUCGGCUUCGACACGACCAUCACCCUCGUGCUGACCUGCCCGCCAUACCUAAUCGCCGGCAUCAUCUCUGUCGGCUGGGCAUGCUCGUCGGGCCGCUUCCACGAGCGGACGUGGCUCGUCACCGCCGCAAAGUCCACCGGCCUCGUCGGCUUCAUCCUCGCCUGCGCCACCACGAACACGGGCGCGCGUUUCAGCUUCAUCUGGACGCCAUACCUCUGGCCGAAGAACGAUGUGCCGCGCUGUGUCAUCCCAAUGGCGAGCUCGGCGGCAUUUUGCGCUGCUUGCGCUGCUGGAGCGUUGGUCGUGAGGUGGAUCUGA